GAGAACGAGGGGACAGAAUAUGCUCGACGUUGUCCAUCCCUCUUCCACUCGAGCAAUUCUAUCCUACACUUGGAGUAGCCGUGUUAGUCCAUCUCAACCAUUGGAUGAUGCUGGUCGGAAAGGGGGCCCACAUAAUCUAACGAUAUAAAUUGGAAGGGCUCACGUGUUUACCGUACAGCGCGCAAGUAAGAACUCUGUCUCUCUCUGUCAUUAUCCUCUCCACCUUCUUCGUCCCUCCAUCUUCACUACUCUCAGAGGAGCAGAAGAGAAGGAGAAGAGUUCAGACACUCUUCAAGGAUUCCUCCGUCGAUGGACCAGUGAUGAACCCUCUAUCACUUCCCACUUCCUCCUCUUCACCGACCCCCACUCCGUUUCCACUUUCCCGCUCACUUUCUCUCCACCGCGUCUCUCCGCCGCCUCCCUCCAACACGACCUCCCCCACCACCGCCCAACCCAAGUGGCCAUCUUGCGCCCACGGCACAGUCGACACGCGAGACCUCUCUCUCUCCUCCCCGGCCGCCACCACUCUCGCUCCUCCGAAACCGUACUCUCAAGACGCCAAGCUCCUGACCCUCCUUCGCCAGAGGAAGACGGAGGCAGCCUGGGUUGCGUACACGCAGUCCGCCCACCUCCCCAAUCCCACCUGCCUCAGCCGCCUGGUGUCGCAGCUGUCCUACCAGAAGACCCUCGAGGGACUCACGCGCGCCCAGUCCAUCCUCACGCGCCUCCGCGAUGAGCGCCAGCUCCGCCGCCUCGACGCCAACUCCCUCGGCCUCCUCGCCGUGGCCGCCGCGAAGGCGGGCCAGACCCUCUACGCCUCCUCCGUUGUCAAGUCCAUGCUCCGCUCCGGCUACCUCCCCCACGUUAAGGCCUGGAGCGCCGUCGUCAGCCGCCUCUCCGCGUCCGGCGACGACGGCCCAGCGGAGGCGCUCAGGCUCUUCGAGGCCGUGACGCGGCGGCUUCGUAAAGUCGCCGACCCUGCUGUGGUGGCUGACUCGAGGCCCGACACGGCCGCGUUCAAUGCGGCGCUCAACGCGUGCGCCAACUUGGGCGACACAGGGAAAUUCUCGCAACUGUUCGAUGAAAUGCCCGAGUUCGGAGCUGAGCCUGAUGCGUUGACUUAUAACGUGAUGAUUAAGUUGUGUGCUAGAGUAGAUAGGAAGGACUUGCUUGUGUGUGUGUUGGAGAUGAUUCUUUUGAAGGGAAUUCCAUUGUGCAUGACUACGUUGAAUUCACUCGUCGCUGCCUAUGUUGGUUUUGGCGACUUGGAUACUGCAGGGAAGAUAGUGCAGGCUAUGAGAGAAGGAAGGAGAGAUCUUUGCAAGAUUCUGAGGGAUGCCAAUAUGGAAGAUUUGAGUGAUGAGGAGGAAGAUGAAGAUGAAUAUGAACAAGUAUUGAAGACAAUAGAUUUGGUUAGAGAUGAUGGUGAAAUCGUUGUGUUUGCGAAGUUGCUUCCAAAUUCAAUCCAACCGAAUUCAGGCGACCCUCCAUUGUUGCCGAAUUCAUACGCUCCCAAUUCCAGAAUAUACACUACCCUAAUGAAGGGAUAUAUGAGGACGGGACGUGUGAAGGACACAGUCCGGAUGCUAGAGGCAAUGCAGCAUGAGGAAGACAGCUCUAGGCAUCCAGACCACAUCUCAUACACUACUGUCAUUUCUGCGCAAGUGAAGGCCGGGUCGAUGGAUCAAGCACGUCGGGUGCUUGCUGAGAUGAAAAGAAUUGGUGUUCCUGCAAAUAGGAUCACCUACAACAUAAUCUUGAAGGGCUACUGCCAGCAACUGCAGAUGGACAAGGCCAAGGAGUUGAUCAAAGAAAUGGCCAGCGACGCGGAGGUACGGCCUGAUGUGGUAUCAUACAAUACCUUGAUCGACGGAUGUAUACUAAUUGAUGACAGCACGGGGGCGCUCAAAUUCUUCAACGAGAUGCGAGCGAGAGGGAUUGCCCCAACCAAGAUCAGUUACACUACAUUGAUGAAAGCAUUUGCCUCAUCUGGGCAACCGAAGCUGGCGCACAAGGUGUUCGACGAGAUGAUCCAAGAUCCAAGAGUGAAACCCGAUGCAGCAGCUUGGAACAUGCUGGUGGAAGGGUAUUGCAAACUUGGGUUGGUUGAAGAAGCGAAGAAGGUUGUUCAGAGGAUGAAAGAGAACGGGGCAUACCCCGAUGUCGCCACUUACGGUAGUCUUGCCAGUGGCAUUGCCUUGGCCAGGAAACCCGGAGAGGCCCUUUUGCUCUGGAAUGAGAUAAAGGAAAGGUGUCGAGCGAGUAAAAAAUGCGAGAAACCUGAUACUUCGCCGUCUCUCCCGCCGUUGAAACCGGAUGAGGGCCUUUUGGAUGCCCUCGCCGACAUAUGCGUGAGGGCCGCUUUCUUCAGGAAGGCCUUGGAGAUCGUGGCGUGCAUGGAAGAGAAUGGGAUCUCACCUAACAAGACCAAGUACAAGAGGAUUUAUGUGGAGAUGCAUUCGAGAAUGUUCACCAGCAAGCACGCUUCUCAGGCCAGGCAAGCCAGGAGGGUGGAGCGGAAGAGAGCGGCCGAGGCGUUCAAGUUCUGGGUGGGCCUGCCGAACUCGUAUUACGCGAGCGAGUGGCAUUUUGGAUCCGAUUAAAGGCGAAUUAAAGAUAUUUACCGGGGAAGAUAGUCGAUGGUAGUCUGAACUGAAGUGUAUAGUUGGUUAGUGUAAACACAGAGUGACAUUGGAAAUUGUAUGCAUAUCGUUGUAAUUUCCUGUACAAUGAAAAGCUCAAACAACAAAAUUGCAGUGUGAUUGAUA